AUGGCUUCUGGUCCAGAUUCUACGGAUAAUGGGCCUUCGAACAUCAUAGAUCAUGAGCUGAAAGUAAAUGAGCCAACGGAUACAUUCAGAACGCUCUGGGGCGAGGCCUUGCGCAAGUUCCAACAAAGCACAAAUGUGAAGUCCGCACGGUGGUCGUCGAUGGAGCAGCGAAUGCUGGGCUGCAACAGCGUGGAAGACGUUUGCACGGUACUGGACGAAACCAUCGAGAAGCUAGAACACUCUCGAAGUGGGACCAAGAGGUGGAGGGAGCUGAGAGAGAAGUACUUGAAGCCGAUCGUUCAAGCGUUGCUCGUCUUCAAUGACGCGAUAGCGGAAACGGCGGCGUCCUUUCCCGUCGUACCUGGAGGGAAAGCGAUCUUUGUAGCCUUGGGCAUACUCCUUGCGGCCACCGAUGGAGUUGAGCAGCGUCGCGUCGCGCUCAUUGGGCUUUUCGAGGACUUGAAGUCCUUCAACGAGAGCUUGGUAAUCAGACUCGCGAAGCCCGCUGAGCUCGGGCGGGCGUCCAAGAUCACAGUCAUCGCCAUCAUGGCGUGCAUUCUCGACAUAUUGUUGAUUGCGACAAAGCUCUUUUCUCCGUCUGUGUGGCGUACACGUAUUUCUCUUUUUCAUCAAGCGAUCACGAAAGAUCAGAGCAUCCAGGACGCGCUGAAACGACUGCAGUCGCUCACAACCAUGGACAUGCGCGCCAUCGCCACGGAGACGCAAGCCACCGUGGAAGGGAUUCAUGCCGCUAUCGCCGCUAUCAAAAAAUCCCAUUGGGUUGGCAUGUCUGAGCUCGAAGCGAUGAAAGAAGAACUUGAUCGCUUCCUAGAGCGCGACCGCCAGCGGAGUACUACUGCCAAUACGUCGAGGCUACUUGGAAUGCUCGAUCGCGUGGCUUCUGCGGACAUAGAUGCCCAAAACUCGAAUGGGUGUCUCAAGGGCACCCGUGUCGACCUCUUACGCGACCUCAUGCUCUGGGCUCGCGACUCUCGCUCACCGCGCAUCUUCUGGCUCAACGGCAUGGCGGGUACCGGGAAGUCCGCCAUAGCCCGGUCUUUUUCCCGCAAUCUACGCUCGGAAGGUCUCCUCGGCGGCACCUUCUUUUGUUAUCGCAUGAUCGCCGAUCAGGCCGACGCUAAACGGAUCAUAUCUACGUUGGCAGUUUCCCUGGCAUUGCGCGACUCCCACUGCACCGAGGCAUUGCUUGCUGAGCUCGGCAUUGGAUCGUCUGUUCGCGAAUGGAAUCUUGAGACACAAAUCGAGCGUCUAUUGUGCAAACCUUUUGCUGGCAUUGAGCAUGACGAUGAUCCUGUGCCGAUAGUGGUCGUAGAUGCCCUCGACGAAUGCUCGGACGAGACGGUCACGCGCGAUCUACUAUCCAAGCUGAUAGCGUGUGUCAACAGGCUGCCUGUCAAGUUCUUCUUGACGUCAAGGCCCGAGCCGCAUAUCCGAGAGAAUCUCGAGAACAUACACCCUGAUUUUGGCGACGUCGUACGGCUGCAUGAUAUAGAACACGUCAUUGUAGGGAGCGAUAUCUCUCGCUUCAUCUCGCAUUCUCUCUAUGAUAUGCGCAAGAAGUUACCUACUGCGUCUCUUCCCAAUUGGCCACCACAAGCGGCCAUUGAAACUCUCACUCGUCUAUCUGGACGGCUCUUCAUUUAUGCAUCCACAGUGUUGCUGUACAUCCAGAGAAACCCGGUGGAGCGUCUUUCUAGGCUCACAGGGACUGUCGUAACUGCAGGUCAUGUCAUGACUCGAUCUCUGGACGACAUGUACAAGCUGAUCCUCUCCGAUGCGAUGAACACAGACGAAUAUGAAGCAGAUGAGAUCGAUUUGACAUGCCGUAUGAUCAGUGUCAUUGCAUAUCAGCGGCACGCGUCAGAGGUGCAUUAG